AUGACAACGACGUCGCCGCCGUCACGUUGUGCGUCCUGCGGGAGUCAACAGGCAGCGGAAGUGCGGGUCAAGGACAGCAGCCGGUGGUUCUACUACACAGUGUCAGCUGCGACGCCCACGGAGAAGCGCCGCGCGCAGUUGCUGUACCACGAGGCCGACGAGCCGCGAGCAGACGACGCGAGCGACAGUUAUGUCUGGAGCGUGGGCUCCUCGGAGCCAAUGCGUACGCGGGCGAUCGCAGGCAACUUGCAGGACAACAUCUUGUCGCGCGUCUCGACGCUCCGAGCGCUCUGGACCGAGGGGUACAUUACCGAGGACGAGUACGAGCGACGGAAAGAGGCGAUCAUGGACGAACUCACCUUCUCGACGCUCGCGCCUGCGUCCAGUGUAACACAGCAAACGGUCACGCAGAGGCGACGAAUGUCGUUUCGACGACUGGAAGGGUUGCCGCUCAUUGUGCCGCACGCUCCUGAUUUUCGGAAUGCCAGUCCGGAGGUGGCUAUCAAGCACGUCUUUGACUAUGCCACGCGCCAGUGGAACAGCACCCAAGUGCUCAUUCACCUGGAUGAGACGCCGUUUUGCAAAGGCAGUUUGCGAAUUGUGUACCACUUGCAAGACCUGAGCUUCACGAGCUCCAGUAGCUCGCUCACGGGCAGUCAACAUACGGGCAGCUACGUGGCUAAACUGGCCAUCGAUCCGGACGAAGACCCGCAGACGUACUUUAAGGACAUUGAGCUGCAGGCCCACUGUGCACACUACGCGCAAGUGUACAAUUCGUACACACCGCCAAAGCGCGUCGAGUUCAUUUCCGCGUGGGUGUUGGAACUGCCUGAGCGAAAUGGUGCAUUGUGCGCUGUGGAGGCCUACAUUCCAGGCGAGUACCGCAAACACAAUAACAACUUUGGAUCCGUGAGCGAUGACGAGCGCAACACACCACAGGCGUUUUCGCACUUCACGUAUGAAGCCUCGAAUCAUGAGCUGCUUGCUGUGGACAUUCAAGGCGUAGGAGAUUUGUACACGGACCCACAGAUCCAUACGCUGAACGGGCACGACUUUGGGAAAGGUAACCUCGGGGUGUUGGGGUUCCAGAAGUUCCUCUCAUCGCAUCGAUGCAACCCGAUUUGUCGCUAUCUCAAGCUCCCAGCGGUGAACCCAAAGUCCCGGCAUGCUGACUCUGGCACGCUGCCCGUACAAGAGCUGAUGAGCCGUGAUCGUGUGAGACCUACACACUUUGACUCACGACACUACUACGAGAACGCACCGAUGCUGCAGAAGUACGUGACGCAGUGUCGCGAAGGUGACAACCAAUCGUCCCUUGCAUCGUCUUCGAGUUGCUCCAAGCGAUCUCGCAAGCGGCGUCAUCGAGAGGUGUCUGGCUUAGCCCUCUUUUGUAAAGGGCUGUUUUGCGGAGGCUGGUGA